AUGGGCCUACUUCUUUUAAAAUAGACCAGAUUCAAAAUCCGUCAAUAUGUCCGGCCCAGUACCAGGCCCAAUAAGGGUCAUCGUCAAGUCAUGACGCCGUUCUUGACUAGCUUUCAUUUGACCAGACUUGCUUCGUCUCCAAAGCAAAAAGCAUCAUCGUCGCUGAAGAAGAGAAUGGAGUCAUCUUUGUCGCAGAAGUUCACUCUUGUUUAUGCUUCUCUCCUCGGAGCUGGUGGGUUGAUGGGUUACCUGAAACGCGGAAGCAAAAUAUCACUAGUCGCAGGAGGAGGAUCAGCGGCGUUGUUCUAUUAUGUAUACACGGAGCUCCCAGGAAAUCCAGUCUUAGCAUCCUCCAUUGGCAUUGUGGGGUCGGCGGCACUGACAGGGAUGAUGGGAUCACGUUACCUAAGGACGAGGAAAGUGGUACCGGCUGGAGUUGUGUCGGUGGUGUCACUCGUGAUGACUGGAGCUUACUUACACGGCCUCAUUCGCUCAAGUUGAAGCGUCUCUGCCAUCUUCCUUGGACCUGUUUCCCAAUAUUGCUUAAAGCUUUUUUUGGUGGGCAUUUCAAAUUUCUGAAAAUUGUUGUACAAAUGCUUUGGGUGUUGUUUCUUUUACCAAGUUUUUAUGUCCCGGUGUAAUUUUAUGAGAAUAUAUAUGCUGUUGAGUA